AGAAGCCGACAAGAAGAAGAAGAGAAGCCAUGGAGGAGGGCAGCCAAUCCACAGGAGCAAGGGCGACGUUCCAUCUACCGUUGGAGAUAACCAUUGAAAUCCUCUCAAGAUUGCCAGUGAAAUCCCUCUUGCGAUUCAAAUCCGUUUGCAAAGACUGGUAUGAUCUGAUCAAAACCCCUGAUUUCAUUUCCAAGCAUUUCCAAACCCAGUCCACUCUCAGCUCCACCUCUCUUCUCGUAACCACGUACAAUCGCGUAAACGAAAACUACGCCAUGUCUUUAGUUUUCAACGAUGGGUUUCGUAGCGACGGCCCUAUCAAUCUCGAUUUCCCAUUUAUGAAUAGGAGGAGGACUACUCUUUGCAGGUGGUGGGAGAAACCUAUGAAAAAUUACCUCUCUAUUGGGGGUAUCUGUAAUGGUUUGGUUUGCAUAAGUUUAUCUCCCUUUGGAUAUCCCUUGAUUCUGUGCAACCCCGCCACCAGACAGUUUCGGGAAAUUCGGCAUUCCGAACGGCAAUAUUUGGAUGAUCCGGAUUACUAUGGUUAUGCAGACAUUAAGCGGAUUAGUUAUGGGUUUGGCUACCAUCCCAGUGCUAAUGAUUUUGAAGUUGGUUAGGAUUGUGCUUUAUUCUAGAUCAAUGGAGGAGGAGGACGCCUUUGUCCAAGCUGAUCUUUAUGUGAUGAGGACUGAUACUUGGAGAGAAAUCGAUGCCGAUAAGGUUUCGGUGUUCCUUGGGGAGACGAAUAAUAGCUACGUGCAAAUUGGUGGAUCUUGUGCUUCAGCGGUUUUGAAUGGAGUUUUCUAUUGGCCAGCGUGUGUAAUGCCAACUAAUGAAGUGAUUGUUGUGUCUUUUGACAUGGGUGAUGAGGUGUUCAGAAGAAUAAGUACACCAGUGUGUUUGGAUGAGACUUGGGACGAAAUUAACUGGCGAAUAACGGAAUUGAAGUAUAAACUUGCUCUUGUUAUUCAUCCCGAUGACAGACGCUUUGAUGUGUGGGUGUUGAAUGAAGACCAGGGUUCUUGGACGAACCAAUUUAAAAUGGGAUCUUUUCCAAGGAUUCCACCGUAUGUGGGAUGUGGGGAAAAUGGUGAAAUCACAGUGGUGGGAGGUAUGAAAAAUGGUGAAUUGGUAGUGACGGACCAUAAAGUAUCUAGUGAUUUAAAGCUCUUUUUGUAUGAUCUGAAGGCCCGGGAAACUACUGAUCUUUAUUUUGGCCGGGUUCCGUAUCCUUCUGAUAUUUACUUGUAUACGGGGACCCUGCUUCCAAUCAUGGAAACCAAUGAAGCCAUGCUCAACAAGAAGAACCAAAAAAGGAAGCAUUGCAUUUGUGGAACUGACUCAGCAAGAUUUUACCAGUCAUGACAUUGAAGUCAAGCACAACAAUGAGCUCGUGAACAAGAAGAGAGAAGGGAAAACGUAGCAGUGAAUUCAUGUACAAGACUCCUGUGUCACUUGCGGCCGUGAAUCUUGCACAUGCUUGUUUAAGGAGCAUAGUUUUUGUCUCCCUCUUCUUUCUUUUUUUUUAAUUUUUUUUUUUAAUUAUUGAAGCAGCAUAUGCCUCAAAGUGUCCCGUUACAAGCCUAAACUAGUUCUUUGUGU